UAUUUUUUUUUUAUAAAACCUCAAAAUUAAAUGAAAACCAAAGAAAUGUUAUGUAAAUGACUAAAUUGUUAGUGAUUUUCCUUGGUUCGUGAAUCGUGAAUAGAAAUUAGAUGCGAAGUUGCCUACGCCUCCCGUGCUCUCCAUAACUGAAAAACUACAACCCGCCAUUGCAGAGCCUGUAACUGUUCUUAAACACGCAAGAUAUAAAAAUCCAAGAAGUCGAUAAUACCUCAUCUGUUACUGAGGUGUUGCCAAACAAGUACCAGAUGAUGUUGAGCCAAUCAUGUUGUUACAGGGUUCAGCAAACCCUUGAAACCUCUUGUUCUCGCCCUACUUGCCUUUACCUUCAUUCCAAGAAUUCAUACAUAUUUGGCUCCCGGCAUUGGAGUUUUAUUCAUGUGCAUCAUCGCCCUUUUCAUUCUGGUUACUUACGAUCACUAUCUUCACAUAGAGCAGGAGUGGUUAAAGCAGUUACCACUCCUAACUCUGCUCUGGAACUUCCCCUAACUGAAGAAAAUGUUGAAAGUGUACUAGAUGAAGUGCGACCUUAUCUAAUGGCUGAUGGCGGUAACGUUGCCAUACAUGAAAUUGAUGGUAAUGUUGUUCGAUUGAAGUUACAAGGAGCAUGUGGUUCCUGUCCAAGUUCGGUAACAACCAUGAAACUGGGUAUUGAGCGCCGCCUUAUGGAAAAGAUUCCCGAGAUAGUUGCCGUGGAAGCAGUGCCUGAUGAAGAAACUGGCCUUGAGCUAAAUGAAGAACAUAUAGAGAAGGUACUCGAAGAAAUAAGGCCCUACCUUGUAGGAGCCGCUGGCGGAACUUUAGAGCUCGUUGGUAUCGAAGAUCCAAUUGUAAAGGUAAAAAUCACAGGUCCAGCUGCUGGAGUAAUGACUGUUCGGGUAGCUGUAACACAGAAGUUACGCGAAAAGAUCCCUGCGAUUGCAGCUGUUCAACUUUUGUCUUAAUGUCUUAUUUGUUUAUUACCAGAGACUCCAGAAUAGUUUUGUACCCAAGUCUUGAAGGACAUACUUAAUUGUACAGGGUAUUUCCAAGUGGUUGAUCUUUUUACUUGAUCUACUGUGUAACAUAUUUCAUUCUUGCAAGUUAUACAAAUUACAGUACCCAAUAUAAAAAUUCUUAUGUUGCUGUAA